UAGUAGUUCCGACAAAAUGGAAUCCACGUCUACAAACUGUUCAUACCUCGUUAAUACGAAUCAUUUUAACUUGUUCCUUUAUAUAAUUCAGGCUGUAGUCGCAAACCUUCUCAUCUUGUCUCGGACAGUGGACGGAGAGUUCUGAAACGCGUCCCUUACGACGCUGCUCGCGUCUUUCCUGUAGUUCCAAAAGUUUCGCUCGCCUUUUUGCAAUUUCCUUUUUCCAUUGUGAGGACAUGAUGGCAUUUCAUAUCGAGAAGAGGGGACUUGCUUGUUAAGCCUUUUGUAUACGAUGCUUUGUCUAUACGUUCUUUGUUACGCGACGCGUUUUUCAUUCAACCUUAAUUGUAGCGCGCCCGAACUCUACUACAAGGAAGCAGCGCAAAAAACAGUUUGCAUCGUGACACUGAAAGUUUCUGACCACAUCAAAAAGUAUCGCUCUUCCUAAUAUCAUUAUCUCUCAUUGUUUUAUUGAAUACUUCCUGCUUCACCUUUUCGCCCCCACAUUUUCCCCCACCCAGCAGACGCGUACUGCUAAAUAAGGUUACGGCGACGCGUGCCUACAAUCCUUUAACCAACAAUAAAUGCCGGUCAUUGAUGCCAAUUUUGACGUGUACGAAAUUCUUGGAAUCCAAGAAGAUGCAGAAGAAAAAGAUAUACAUAGAGCUUGGCGGAAAACGUCGCUAAAAUAUCAUCCUGACAAGAAUCCUAAUGACCCGACUGCCAUUGAGAAAUUCCACAAGUUACAGGUCGCCUACAAUUUACUCAUUGAUCCUGCGACACGGAGAGAGUAUGACACAGAACGGCUGGCACGUCAAGCUCAAAAACGCAGAGAAGAAGCUUUUGAUCUGAAACGGAAAUCCAUGGUUGAUGACUUGAAAGCUCGUGAACAAAAAGCUUUUCAGGAAAUCGAUGAGAAAGAACGCGCUCAAUUAGCACGAUUGGAGAAACUUCGUCGACUGAGAGAAGAAAACGAGCAAUUACGACACGAGUAUCUCCAGAAACAUGCUCGAGCAACCACGGGAAGCGGCGAAAAACGGGAUCGAACAGAGUUUGAAAUGAAUAAUGUACCUCCUAAAACUCUCGACGAUAUUGACCGCACAGUAAAAGUUCGCUGGAAACAGAAAUAUAACGAGUUUAUGUCAAAAGAAGAGCUUUUGCGAAUAUUGGAGCCUUUUGGUCCUGUCCAAGCUCUUAUUGUACGGGAAUUGGACAUCAACAAAAAAUUCAGCACCGCUUACGUCGUAUUCGAGCGACUCAGUUCAGCAUACGCGUCCGUUCAUGCCGAGACGGUACCCAAAUAUGUAAAGGAUAUACAAUGGGCACGACAAAAAAAUGAACAUGGCUCAAACAAGGACAAAACAAUGAAUACCACUGGCGAAAAAUCACAACCAUCUGAUUUUUCUAAACUUUCCUUUGAAGAACAGACCCUUUUUCGGUUAAAACAAAAGAAGAGAGCAUAAUGGGAUAUGCUCAUAAACGUUAUUUUAGGUGGCAUCCUAUUUACCAUUUCUUCAGC